UCCAGCAUCUUGAAUCCCUUCCAUGUUCCUAUUUGUGCUGCGGAACCCGAAACUUCCGUCUCAGCGGUUGUCCCAGUGGAAGGAGCAUUGCGGAUCGAGGGCCGGGGGAUGUCAAUAAAAACAAUUAUUUAUUGUUAAAGGGGAGUCGUGGGAGCAAGUUUCCUCCACAUGCAGAAAACUUCAGCGUUCUGUCGUACGAAAAUAACUUUCCCAAUUUGCCCUCCCUCUACACUUCCCCACAGAGAUGGAACUGAGACUGGAAACUCCGAUUGGGGUGCUUCAGAUUGGAAAUGCGCCUUCUACACUCUUUUUCAACUGCAAGGGUUAUUAAAAUGGUAUGCAGCUCAGUUCAAAGACCCAAUGAUGAUGGACCCUCCAGCAUGGUUCAAAGCAUUCAUUCUUUGUGAAGCAUUGUUGCAGAUGCCUUUCUUUCCUGUUGCAGCUUAUGCUUUCUACAAAGGAGGUUGCUCAUGGAUAAGGACCCCUGCUAUCAUAUACUCCACGCAUGUGGCUACGACACUUAUUCCCAUCAUCGCACAUAUUCUGUUUAACGACUUCUCAGCAUCAACUUAUCCAGGACCAAAAACCAUGUCAGAACGUUUAUCUCUCUUAGCUAUUUACAGUCCCUAUUUACUAAUCCCUGUAUGGAUCCUGCUAACCAUGCUUUUCAGCGAAACGUACAAUCCUGACAAGGAAAAGAAGAGACGGUAACUACUUCCACUUGAGAAACGAGUCCCAUUUUUUCCUGUGCUCCAUUUGGGUUUACUGUCUUAUAAUUUGACAGCAAGUUUGUAAUAAAAUUGUAAAUUUUAAUGAAAUGAAAGAUAGUCAUUUGGUAGUACAGAACUUGACUAUUGCUGAAAAUAGAGACACGUUGAAGCUUCUCAUCUUGCACUCAUCAGGACACUUUGCAAGAAUACUAACAUAAGGGGAAAACAACAAUUUAUACUGUGAGGGGAGUGCUAAUUGGAUGGCAAGUGGGCUCCAAUUGGUAAAGGUGUUGCCAUGGUGAAUGCACUAGUGAUGGUGACUGACAGUUGACUCCAAGCAUUAUUUGAAAUUUAAAACCAGGCAGCUUGACCCUGAUUGGUCAAGACAUUGCCCUGAGGAAUGAGUCAGCGAAUGGCUGUCACUUAUUUUGUUCAGCUGAAACAGGUGCAAUGUGCGUAAGUAUUCUUUGUGUCUUCAAAGAACUGGGACUUUUGUAUUAAUACAUGUAGCUUCCAGUACACACAAAUGUUCCACACUGCGAGCCUGAAUGAUAAUCUUAAAUUGGUCGUCAGUGUAAUUCUUAGCACAUGGAGGAUUAAUUAGCAAAUGUUGUCCACUUGCAGAAUCAUAUGCUAUCUGACAUGAUCUGCCAGUCUUUGAAAUUAUGACCUACAUACCUAGUAUCACACUGGCACUGAAAUUCAUAAACAACAUUACUCAUUUGUAUGAUAGGCAGAGCGCCUUUUUGGCUUGACAGCAGCAUCCUGUUAGUGGCGAAUACCACUCGUAUCGCUACUGCAUAGUAGCAGCGUGAAACAGCUAGCUUCGCCCGUUGCUUAAAUUUUUGAGAUACCUUGCCCUUCCAGGGUAAUCUGAAGUAGACCAGGCACUUUUCAGGGCCAAAAAUGGCAGCCCUAGGCCUGUUCAUGAGUUUGCAUGAUAUACAGUGUGAAAUGAUCUGAUCGGGGUAGCCCUUAUCCUGCACAAUGCUUUUGAUGCGCCCUAUUUCAGCAUCAAGUUUGCAUGGUAAGCAAAUGACUUGGGUUAAAUUUACAAGAUUGCCAAUAAGACCAAUCUUAUAGUGUGUGAAACUGUAAGAAUUCCAAUGCGUAUAUUGACCAGUGAUGGUAGGCUUGUGGUAGAUCAUGGUAGAGAACCCCCUGGCAGAUCUCUCAACAAGUACAUCAAAGGGAAUUCAUUUGACUGCUCCAUUUCAAAGGUGAAUUUGAGCGCAGGAUGGAGCCCAUGAAGACGUAUAAGGAAAUAACAAUGCUUGGCAGUUAACUGUCAGUCACCGUCCCUGGUGCAUUCUCCAAGGCAACACCUCUACCAGAGUCCACUUGCCAACCAAUCAGCACUCUCUUCACAUACAGUAGAAAUUGUUGUUUUCCCCUCAUACUGGUGUUCUUGCAAAGUAUAUUGAAAAGUGAAAAACAAAAAGCUUCGAUGUCUCCUUUUUCAGUAAUACUGAAAUGAAAGAUGUGUGAAGAUUACUAUCACAGGAGGGCUACUUUUUUAUUGGAGUAUUUUCAGUUAAAAUUAACAGGAUCACAAAGUUCAAGCUUUUGGCUUUGUGACAUAAGCAAGUGCUUACCAUGGAACCUCAGGACUCAAAGUUUAAAUCCAUGUUCCCAUUAAUUUUCUUGUUUUGCUGAUACUAACAUACGUUGGUCACCUGAUUUAUCAAUGGGACAAAAGUGCUAAGACCAACUUGUUCCAAAUGUCUAGUCUCAGUAAGUUCAAACAAAGCAUACAGGCAUACCAAGUCGACUGGACCUUGAGGGCUAGAUUUCCAAUGCUCAGACUGCAUGGGGUUCCAGGACCAUAGGGUUAACAAUUUGGUUUUGCCCUUUUGAACUCAAUAAUGCAUCUUUGAUUCCUGCGCUCAGGGUCUUAUAUGAGCCAAUUUUCUUGCCCUCAACCAUCCUCCUUGUAAACCCAUUGAACUGCUGGAUCACCCUGUUUAGAGAAACAUGUUCUGACUUCUGCCCUUAAUUAUUUGUUCAAAUCUUUGACUCUUUUGUCAAUAACGUUUGAAUUAUUUGUAUAGUUUUUGUUUCCCAAUCAGUUGUUCAGGAACAGAAUUGCUUAAAAAUUGCAUGCCAGCCACAUGAUGUAAGAUCAGAAAGUUGCUGUAUCUGGGCAGUGGGAGGAUGAACAGCUAUUAUUCCUGUACACUUGCACCUUGCUGCAUGACAUGGCAGAUCACAUUAUGUUACUGAUGAUCUUAGUAAAUGCACUAUUAAUAAACCGUAUUUUCUUUCCUUAA